GAAUUCGUCAAGUGACAUAUAUAUCCUAAUCCCCGUUUGCCGGUUCACCUCCGAGAAAUUUUUUUCUUUCUGUCUCUUUCACCAUGUCAGCUGCCCAGGACGAAGUGAACCGCCUUCUGAACAGUCAAGAGGAUCGAGCCACCUGCCAUCCCGAAGACCGCCUCAAGACCGAAGAUCUCCAUUCCUCUCCCUCAGAAGACGAAGAGGAAGAGGUAUCACGACGCGAAAAGAGAACUUCCAGACUAAAGUACAUCCCUUCCGACUCCGACGCCGACGACAGCGAUUACAACAUGAUCACCUCGCAGCCAGCCGCUUAUCAUGUCCCCAAAACAUGGUUCGACGCGAACACCGGUCCUAAGGGUGUCAUUGCCGACGCGCAAUCUUAUGAGCGCGCAAAGAAGAGAUCAUUCCGUCGUACUUUGAUGAGCGCCGCCGGCAUCGAUUACCAGCCGUCCUACAACAAACCAGAAGCUAUUCACCAGGAAAAAGCGAGUCCAUCGGCCCCUCAGACCCCCGAGGAAAGCGACGAUGAAAAGUUCAUGCGAGAGUGGCGAGAGGCGCGCAUGCGCGAACUUCAAAAUAAGAACAUGAGACGUUCGAGUCCGAGCAAGAGAAGAUACGGAUCUGUCGAAGUUGUCGGCGCAAAUGGAUACCUUGAUGCCGUGGAGAGAGUCACGGCAGACACCGUUGUCGUAGUCUGCAUAUAUGAUCCUGAGUUGUCCGAAAGUUCUAUCGUUGAGGAUUGUCUAAACACAGUCGCACGCAAACAUGCUACGACACGAUUCGUUAAACUACACCACGAAAUUGCGGAAAUGGACCACAUCGAAGCUCCUGCUCUGCUUGCUUACCGUGGCGGCGAUGUCUUUGCGACCAUAGUGGAUAUUUUCCGGCAGCUUCCUGACGGGCGCGAUUGCAGCUCGUCUAGCCUUGAAGCUCUUCUGAUGCAACAUCGUGUUCUCUGAUUUACGACUCUGCUUUCUUUCGUCUCACUCUUUUCUUUCUUUUCGCAAUUUCCAUAGACUCCGAAAUGACGUGAACCAAACAAUAAGUUGAUUUAAUGUCCUACAACGCUGCUGGACACGGCGUAUGAAUAAAGCCGGUCAAUUGCUCCGGACAUCUACGUUAAUUUUGCCUUUUUCUUUCUAAUGAGCUUUUUUUUUUUUUAUCCUGGAGUUCUAGCACACGUACAUCCCUUAGAUUGGUCUUGGGAGGGUAUAUUGGAGGCGGAUCUUUUUCAGGUGAUUUUUUGGGAAUUGGAAUGAGCGGUAAACUGAUAUACAGCAAGAAAAAUCUCUUGAUGGCUGAUGGCAGGAUUUUUUUUUUUUUUUUUUUUAAUCCCUUUUUGGGCUUCUGCAUGUUUGCUUUGGACUCUG